AAUGACCAGAGGUUUGCUUAGUGAAAAUCUUGAGAAUCUGGAUAAUUUAAAUUUUAAAGAAGGCUCAAUAAAUAGGAUUGAAAGGAACUGUACUAAUUUAAGUCAAGAUGAAGACGGAGACUCCCCUCUACAUUUGAGCAUUUACUUCCAUAACGACAAAACAUGUUGUAGAUUGAUACCAAGUAUUUCUAAGCAGUCUUUAAACUUGCAAAAUAACUUAGGACAAACAGGUCUUCAUAUCGCAACGGUUUUAAAUAAAGUAAAUGUUGUAAAGGAAUUAAUUAGCAAUGGUAUUGAACAAGUAUUAGUUGACUGUAAUGGAAAAACUGCCUUUCACAUUGCGUGCUCUAUGAACAAUAUUGAUUUAGUAAAAAGUUUGUCGGGAAAACAUUUUAACAAAUCACUUCUGCAGAUAAGAGAUUUUCAAGGAGACACAAUUUUACAUUCUGCUUUAAGGAGUAAGAUAAGAAAAGAAAUUUUACUAUAUUUAAUAACCGAAUUAGGAGCUGAUGUGAAUAUGAUAGACUCAAGAAGUGGAAGGAAUAUAUUUCAUAUUCUUGCUGAAGAAGGAGAUGUGAUGUUGUUUCGACUUUUACAUAGUUUGUCAAAAUGUGCAAAUUUUAGUCUUUUAACUUUCUCUGGACAUUCAAUCUAUCAAUUAGCUAUUGGGUGGGAGAAGGAAGAAAUAGCAGAUUAUCUCAUUAAAAUUGGUGCCGACGACGAACCAUAUCAAAGUACAGAUGACGAGUACGAGUCCGAAUCAGACGAUAAUUUGGAUAAUUUCAUAAAUAUGUCUACAAGGAAAAAUUAA